CCACAUUCUUUCAUCAUUGUACUUUCGGUUUCAUCAGCUGUGCUACUCGCAUCAAGGUUUUAGUCAACUUCUUUUUUCUUCAGGGCCUGUAAAUUUGCUCUGUAUUUAUGCAUUUUAUAUUGUGACUGUUUUUCCAACUACACAUGCGACAUUUUAACAAUAGUUUACGUUUCACUCCUCAUCAGUGACUGAUUUUUUGGUACUCUCAGUUGAGUCUGAGUAGGCUAACCGGCCUAACCUAACCUCAGUGACUGUUGUAACUUGUACUUGUUUUGUAACUGAGUAACACAGUCCGUUCGACAUCGAAGAGUGAUAGGCCUAGUGACAGCGUAAUCAGCCACGAAAAUAAUAAAAGAUCGAGAAUUUCAUUUGAAAUCUUCAAAAUGAAGUGCUCAAAGUCGAAUGUUAUGAUGUGUUCAUUUUCCUCAUGGUACAAGGCUUUUGAGGAUGUAACAGUGAAGAGUAUUGUCCUUCCUCUUCCAGAUUUUUUUGUCAGCUACCUUCAUGCAGAUGGUGUGGUACUGCCAGAAAGUUCUUCACAUGGAAUCUACACGAAAUCUGCAAACACAGCGAUGGAUGGAGAUGAGGAUGAUCCAGAUAUCAGGGACGAUGAACUCAUGAAGAUGUAUGAGGAUGACUGGUCCACCCCUGACAGCAGUGAAGGUGCCAAGGUGCCUGAUUUUGGAGAUUUUGAUGAGUCCGUGAAAGAGGCCAUAAAAUCCCUGGGUGGAAAAGUUUUUCCAAAGUUGAACUGGAGUUCACCCAAGGAUGCGAACUGGAUAUCUUUUGACAAGACCCUCAUGUGCACCUGCCCAAGUGACAUCUAUUUGUUGUUGAAAAGUUCAGAGUUCAUCGCUCAUGACCUGGAUCAGCCAUUUGUACAUUGUGAUGACGCUGGAGACGACUCUGCUGAGAAUUCUCCAUCUAUAUCAUACUGUCUUGUCUUGAAGAAAUGGCAACCGCCCGAUCCAUCAACAGAGUUUAGAUGUUUUGUCCACGACAAAAAACUCAUAGCUUUGUGUCAACGUCAAGCUACAAAGUUCUUCUCUCACAUCAAUCAUGAAAGGGAAUCGAUUAUCAGUGAUAUCAGCAAAUUUCAUCAGCAGAAAAUAGCUCAACGCUUUUCUGAGACAUCUUAUGUUUUCGAUGUUGUUCGUCCGGAGCAGGGAAAGGUAAUCUUGGUGGAUUUCAAUCCAUUUGGACUGGUCACAGACAGUUUGCUGUACUCUUGGGAGGACAUAGAAGGUCUUUUGAAGAAUAUGGAUAAACGUGCUGCAGAUCAGACCCCGGACUUCAGGUGUGUGGAGAGUGAGGGAGGUGUACAGACCUCAGAUUAUGCCAACUAUGCCCUGCCUAGAGACAUACAGGACUUGACGUCGGGGGAGGACCCUUACAAGCUUAUGGAUCUGCUGAAAUUGCGGGACAAUGCAGACAGCAGUUCAGAGGAUGAGGAGGAAACGUCGUCCGAAAAUGCAUCAAAAGAAACCUGUACAGGAAAAUAAUGUUCUUAGUUUGUUUUCUUGUAUUUUUAUUUUAUGCUUGUACAAGAUCUUCGUUCUACGACAUUGACAUGCAAGCACUGCUACAGAAUCUACGCUUCAAACAUAGGAAGAAUUAGCCAUGAAAGAAGCUGCAUGAAGACAACCUUGAAACCAUCUUAAGCUAAAUUGACUGUCUAGUGUCUGCAUAGACGAAAAGAGCCAUAUUACAAGACCACAGUCGAACAUACUUUUGUGGUCACCUUUCCAUAGCAUUCAUCUGUUUGAACGGCCACUGUUGUGUGACAUCUUUGCAUUUAAAAAAUAUUUUUCAUCUGUCCAUAGCAGUCCCUGUCCAAUGUAGCCACUGUCAGUCAUUUUUACACUAAUUUGACCUCUAAACCUGUGCACAGCAGUCACUUCCUACAAAAGUCAGGGAUCCCAUUUUUCCGCUUUUUUCCUGUAUUUCCGGUAUUUUGAUCCUGAUCCGCUAUUCUGUUAUUGAGAUCGAGAUAGAAUCUA